AUGCCUAGCGAUCAAACCGCCAUUUCAUCUACCGAAUUGUUAUUCUCAAGACUUAAUAUCAGCCUGCAAGAAAGUCGACAGGGGUCCCUAAAUUUGCCUGAGUCAUCGUUGGCGUCAGAUUCGAGUAAUGUACAAGAUGCAUUUGCCAAGAUAUGCAUGGCAUGUCGAACUGGAGAUUAUGAAGUCGUUGAUUCAUUACUAAGCACACCCAACCUUGAUGUUAAUCAAGUAGACGAAUAUGAUUACUCGCCCUUGAUUUUAAGCUCAUUGUGUGGACAUUUGAAGAUUGUUGAGCUUUUACUACAGAGAGGCGCUGUAUGUGAUAGAGAUACAUUUCAAGGUGCAAGAUGUAUCUAUGGGGCAUUAACGGAUAAUAUUAGAGAUCUACUAGUCAGUUUCGACAUUUCAAAGGCGGUUGAUGUCACUCAACCAUUUGCUGGGCACAUAGCAUCGCUUUAUAGUACUUCGGCUAACAAAGAUGUUGUGUUUAGAUUCAACCAAAAGGGAUUGAGUUCUGACUUGAGUGCAUUCCCAAUGCAUAGAUUCCUAUUGGCUGCACGAAGUCAAUUCUUUAGGGAAAAAUUUCAAAAUGAGUGGCUGAUGUUGAGUGUUGUGAAUAUGCCAAAUAAAAUUGAUCCUUUGGCAUUCAAGGUGAUUGUUGACUAUGUCUAUCUAAGAACCGAUUCCAUGGUAAUAAAUGAAAAAGAAUUUCGGGAGAAAGUGCUUGCGUUGGCGGGGGAGUAUGAGUUAAAUGAAUUGGCAAAUGCUAUUGAGGAGAUAACGACCGCAAAGGAUGAAAAAGAGCAGUUCAAAAUUAAACACAAACUUGCUAAAGAUAUCGUUGAAAAUGCAAGACGGGAGCUUGAUUCCUUUUUGGUUAAAGACAUCAUUGGUAAUAAUCUCUCUUCACAAAUGGACCUUGAAAACGACACUGAGCUCGAGGACAUUAAUAGUCAGCUCCAUAUUACCCAGGAACAAAGAAAAACCUUGCUUAAACUGUCCUCCAUCCCUGAUGCGAUACUCUCAUAUGUCGACUCAAACUCGGAAAGGAUAAUUUAUUACCCCGUGAACAAAUCGAUUCUCACAAGAUCGGAGUAUUUUGACACAAUGUUCAAAUCGGAUAUCUUCAAGUUUACCGAGGAGGAUAUUCCAAUGCACAAAGAUGGCGCUGUUUCAGUUGUGAAUAGACCUCGAGUGGAUGAAUCGCAUUUGCCAAUUGUACAACUUUCAACCAGUACGGCCGAUAAAAAGGUUGCCGCAAUGGUGUUAUCGUACUUGUAUCACGAUGAUGUUGAUGAGAUUCCCUUGGAGAAUGUUAUUGAACUAUUGUAUGCCGCAGAUGAAUUGUUUUUGGAAAGAUUAAAGACAAUGUCAGCGGUGCGAUUGAGCUCCCAGUACUCAAAAUUCACCUAUGAGGAGCUUCAAUUGCUAGAAGAGGAAGUGAGAUACGAUGCAUACGAUUUGAUUAGAACAGCUUGGCUGACACGCUGCGACAAAUUGGAACAACACGUAACUAAAAUGAUUGCUUAUAAUUUACAAGAAAUUGUCAAGCGUGAAGACGAGAAUGCGAAAUUAUUGGCUUUAAUAGCUGAAUCAGCUGCAAGAAUCAGAGAGAGACAGGACACAGAUACAAUUGAGUUGGUGGAUGAUAUACGUUAUUACUUGUCGAAAAAGUACGCUGUUUGCGAAGAUAAUGAAACUUUAGACCCUUCGAGUGGUUUUGAAUUCGAAGACGAAAAAUUGGAAAAUAUAAAGCUAUAUCAAAAUUCUUUAUUAAAAUAUGAGAGGGAUAUUGAGGUUAUCGAAAACAUGUUGGACUCGUUAAAUUUGGAUGCAUAG